GGGAGGGGGAGGCGCUCCUUCCGGUUGGAAUGUUCAGCUGCUGCUCCGCAUGGAAGAAGCCACCUAGAAUGUUAUUGACUCUUCUUUGUAGCUACGUCUUGGCUGGGGAUUCUCCGUAGUCCGAGGAGAGACCCCAGGACGCUAGCCUAGGGGAACGGAUUUGCCUGGCACAAAAUGGCCGCAGAGCAGGGAGUGUCGUCGAAUAUUAGUGCUGUGGUUCAGGUCAAGCUAGAACAGGGAGUGCCUCUGAGGGUCAAAACUGAGGAGACCGCCGGCCCCACAGUGGAGGAAGAAGGGGUGAAUGGCUCCCAUGCUACUCUGGCUGGGCACAUGGGUGGCUUUCUGGCAAACACCUCCGACACGCAAGGGAAACAUGAGUUGGAUUAUGGGCUCACGUAUGGAAAGACGCAUUGGCGGGAAUUUCCAAAGAUGGAGGCCUGUCUGAGCUGGGCCCCAGAUGCAGUGGGUGCCUCUCAUCAGAUUGGAGCCCAGAACUCUCCAGCGUCCUUCAAAAUCAAGGCAGAAGGUAACCAGUGCUCCACAGAAGAGCAGGAGACUGAAACCCAAUUGGGUUUCUCUGGAGAACCCCAAGAGGCAUCCAGAACCCUGAAUUUGCCAGAACAGUCGCAGGAAGAGGUCCCGGCAGAAGAUGCUGUAGUCUUGGAGAUCCAGCGGCAGAACUUCCGGCAGUUCCGCUAUCAGGAGGCCGAGGGUCCCCAAGAGAUCUGCAGCCGCCUCUGGUUCCUUUGCUGCCGGUGGCUGAAGCCCGAAAGGCACACUAAGGAACAGAUCCUGGAACUGGUGAUUCUGGAGCAGUUUCUGGCCAUCUUGCCUCCGGAGAUCCAGAACUGGGUCAUGGAGGGUUGCCCAAAGAGCUGUGCCCAGGCAGUGGCCCUGGCGGAGGGGUUCCAGAUGAAGAAGCGGAAUCCUGAGAAGCCAGAAGCACAGGUGCCAGUUAAAGAGACAGCCUUGAAUUUCCCUGGGGCCAAAGAGAUUCUGUUGGACUGCAAGCAAAAUCAGAUAUUCCAGGAGAGUAAUGCUGCCAUUGCCAGUUCUCCCAGUGAAGAUCUUGUGUGUACAAGUGAAAAAGGCCAACCUGAAGGACUUGAAGAAGGAGAAGGAGCACCAAAUAGUGUAGAGAUGGGCAAUCCAGAAGAGGUGCGUUCACAAUGUUCUGCGGCAGAAGACCUUUCCAGAGACUGGCAGGGAUCCAAGGAGCUUCCAAGAAGUUCAUCUGAGGAGAAAAUAGGAAAAUCCUUUCCUUGUGAAGGUAACAAGGCCAUCAGUGAAACCACAAGCCAACAGAGAAUCCAAACGGUGAAAAGUGACAGUACUGCCGGAAUUGAUGAUAGCAGUUUACCAGAGAACUCAGAGAUCAUUGAGUUUCAGGUGACCCACACUGGCAGCAUGCCCUAUAAAUGUUUGGACUGUGGGAAGAGUUUCAAUUACAGCACCAGCCUUGUCAGACAUCAGAGAGUCCACACAGGUGAGAAGCCGUACAAAUGCUUGGACUGUGGCAAAUGUUUCUGCCAAAGUUCAGGCCUCACAAUUCAUCAGAGAAUCCACGCUGGGGAGAAAGCCUAUCAGUGCCUGGACUGUGGGAAAAGUUUCCGGGUGAAGUCGCACUUAAUCAGGCACUCCAUCAUUCAUAAGGGGGAGAAGCCUUACAAAUGCGCAGAAUGUGGCGUCGGCUUCUGCGAAAGGUCGGAGCUUCGAAUCCAUCAGAGGAUCCACACAGGAGAGAAACCGUACAACUGUGCUGACUGUGGGAAAAACUUUUGCAGGAAGGCUGACCUCACACUUCAUCAGAGAAUCCACACGGGAGAGAUGCCAUACACAUGCUUGGAAUGUGGCAAGGGCUUCCGUUGGAGCUCAAACCUCAUUACACAUCAGAAAACCCACACGGGGAUAAAACCUUUUGAGUGUGAUGAAUGUGGGAAGAGCUACUACUCCAACAUGAGCCUCGUCAGACAUCAGAGAGUCCACACAGGGGGUACCCCCUAUAUAUGCUCCGACUGUGGGAAAAGCUUCUGUGAUAGCACCAGCCUUACCAGGCAUCAGAAAAUCCACACUGGGGAGAAGCCGUACGUCUGUAUGGAUUGUGGGAAAAGUUUCAACCGGAACUCGAAUCUCAUUUCACACCAGAGAACCCACACAGGAGCCAAGCCAUUCCUGUGCACAGACUGUGGGAAAAACUUCAGAUCCAAAUCGGAACUUCACAGGCAUUACACGGUCCAUGUGGGAGAGAAAGGUGAAAAGAUCUUGACUGGUGGUGAACUAGAGACAUCUGCCCAUGUGAAAAUGGACAGCAAACUGGAAGUUAGAAAUGAAUAGUGAGAGAAGGGAGGACAUGAAUCAGCUUUAGACACACAACAAAGUAGAAUAGCACAGAUCAAAGCAGUGUUGAACAUUUUCCUUUCUCUUCUCUGGUUUUGUAUAGGGAAAAUCAUUGUUAAAAAGCUACUUUCAAGCCGGUGUAUUGUGUGUUUAUGAGAUCAAGUGUUUGUGAUCCUUGCAUGAUUUGAAAUGUGAACAAUACUCUAUGGCCAGCUUUCCGUUCUUUCAAACCACCACUCGCACAAUGGACCUUUUGGACACAGUGGCAUGCUGGACCUGCUUGCAGAAAUGAAAGUCCUGUGUUCCUUUUCAUCCCAUGGGAAGCAGGAUGGGAUUCUGUAUUACCCUAUUGAUGGGGCUUUCUCUCUGGUGGUGUUUGAUACAAUUCCAGUGUGUGUGUGUUGUGUGUGUUUUGUUUUGUUUUUAAGACACUAACCUUUGUAAGACCCCCCUUUUUUAUUGUAGGGAAGAAGACAUUUUUCUAUAAGGCACUUGAAUGAAAUUCUAUUUCUGGGCCUGGAAUGUGCCUAGUUUGGUUGCUUCUGUACUUGGUCCCAUUCACACUGCUAUAGUUAUAGUGCUAUGGUUCCAUUUUAAGUGCCGUGGCUGCAUGCUAUGGAAUCUUAGGAUUUCUGGGGAGAGGUAUCUAGAGUUCUCAGCCAGAGAGCUCUUGUGCCUCACCAA